UCGACAGAGCAUAUGUUACUGGAAAGAAUAAACUUCGGGAUCACUUCAUCUGCAGGCUGAUGGCGUGAUCUACUAUGCCCUUAUAACCUUCAGCAAUAUCUUGGGAUACAAAUGCUGUUUAAGCAGGGGGAGCUGUUGAAAAGAAACCCCCACGCCCAAUGACACAAUUUCUCAAAGUCAGGAACUACUCAGUAUAUAGCUUUCCUGCCAUGGAAGAUCUUUCCUCAUUAGCACCGGCUCUCUCCAAUGUCGCCAUCGCGGCGCCCCAAUUGCUCAUCCAUCACCUUUGCGAUGUGCAAGCCGCUGUCUGCACUCCCUCCUCAGGCCGCUUUUUAUCAAAGUCUGGCCCGCACCAAGGCUGUCGGCAAUUCUGAUUUGCUGAUUAGCGGGCCAACGCUUUCUAUACACUGCAAGAUCAACGUUCCUGCGGGAGGAAGUAGUGGUCUUGACCCUGCGGCUAUAUCUCAUUCGCCGCGUUCAUCGCGUGAAAUGCUGGGGCGAUGAUGUGCUGCCUGCCAUGUGGUACCCCAAACGUUUUGCUUAUUUUAAAUAACUGCCCUUUGCCUGGUCUCAAGAUUCUCUAGUCAUUCCUUCAGUGUUGACCCUAACCACGGGUUCUUUCAGUACGGUCAUUCAGUUUACGUCGGCCACCUGAACCAUGGCAGAGUCCAGUAAGGAAGUAGAGAUUACUUCCUCCUCGGAAAAAGCAAACACUGUAUCUCCUGCAGCGAGCACACUUGCUGAUGAACAUAAUGGCAUCAACGAAAAGGCCCUACUACGAAAACUGGAUAUGCGACUCCUUCCACCAUUAACGAUACUGUAUCUCUUGUCAUUUUUAGAUCGUAGCAAUGGUAUAAACCUUUCUUAUGAAGCAAGAUGGGCUCAUUCUAAUUAUUCUCCCGCAUAGUUGGCAAUGCCCGCCUUGAAGGCUUGACGACUGAUAUCAACAUGAGUACGGACCACCAAAAUGAACCAUUGCAAGAAAGCUUCACUGACGGCGAUUGACGCACAUAGC